CCACAUAAUUCCUGCUGAUGAGCAGGAGCCGCGAAGCAGCCUUCACAUCCCUUCCGGAGGAGGAUUAUCCUCAUGUCUGCACGCAGUCACACUCAGGAAGGGAUUGCAAUAACUCACCUCCGGGAGAACACGUCGUGGAAGCUAAUGCAAGUUACGAGUAAGAAAGAGGUCCACCUUUGAGAGAGAAAUGGAUGUUUGCGUCUCAGCUUGCUGUUAUCGUGUUAAUAGCAGAAUUUGACACUGACAAGCUGUUCUGUAUAAUGUGACAGCUGCCGGCGUUUUUCAUCUAAAAUAAGAAGAAGACUCUGUCUUGUAUAUAUAUAUUUGGAGAAACAAUACUGAUCAUUUUAUCAUCAUGGUGUGGACAUACAGCCUGGCUGUAACUUUUAUUGCCGCGGCUGUCUGGCGGGUCAGCAGCGCUUCACUAUCUUUAUCUGCGACGCACUUAAAUUCAACAGCAUCAUCAUCCACCUUCAGCCGAGAUGAGCUGGAGUAUAAUACCACAGAUGUCACCGUGGGAUCCCGGAUUUCACCCCUGAUGACGCAUCUUCCAACUCUGAAAAGCAUUGUUAUUUUCAUCUGCGUGUUAACAGCUGCUCUCAUCACAUGUCUGGUCGUCAAAGUGAUCAGAUCUGGCAGACGGAUCAGAAAAACACGAAAAUACGACAUUAUAACUACACCUGCGGAGCGUGUUGAGAUGGCCCCUCUUAACGAGGAGAAUGAUGAGGAAGAUGAUUCAACCCUCUUCGAUGUCAAAUACAGGUGAAUCCCACCACGGACUUCGUCACCAUCCUGCUCUGCCCGCCAACUCAAGUGAUUUUCUGUAUUUCUUUAUUUUGCCUAAUCAUGCCAGCGACUGAUGCUGCUCGUGCAUGGCUUUCGUCUCUGUUAAAGUGAACGGUGCCUUUUGGAUACCACUGUCCUCUGUUUGGCGGAGGCUUUUUCUCAUGUGAUACAAAUAACCUCCUCAGUUAUGUCUAAUGUAAGAGACGACGAGGCUUGGUGUUAUUUAAUAAAAAAAAGACCAAACGGCAUGGAGGAAACCCUCUCCAUAAGAGACCAAUUCAACGUCAUUGUUUGGGUCUAUCUGAGCUGCAGUCAGCUGGGCCAGGAGUUGUUAGAAGGAGCCAAAGUUGUAAAUUGUAAAGAUGGAUUAAUGUAACGAACGCAUAAAUCAGCUAAUAUUUUGCAGAACUCAACUGCAAGAAUCUAGGAAGAUAUAAUAACUGAUUUUGUAAGAAUUUUUUGUAACUUAAUACAUGUUAUCUCUCCUUACUAACCACUUUAUUGUGCAUGUAUACUGUUAAACACUUUCUGUCCUCUAUACAUACUAUGGGGAUAGUGUUUUUUUUUUUUUUAUUGUGUGUUGUUACAGAGUCUUAUUUUGCUGUUAUUACAGCGGAGGUUUUUAUUUUUUAAGUUAGACUAGAAGUUAAAGACAAAUAUCAGGAUGUGUUUGUAAGAUGUAUUCGCAACAGUCUGUUGUAAGUGUGUUGAAUUGUGACAGGUUCGUUUCAUCAGCUAACCUACUACUGAGCCAUAACAGCAACAGUUUAAAGGGGACAACUUUUGAUCCCUUUUCAAAACUAGAAAUGAUUUCUAGAGGUUUUAUUAAAAUGCCCAUGACAUGUCUUGGUCACAUUACCCCAUUAUUACAGAGGAAAAGCUCCCGUUUCAACCAUGUCUGCAUAGCUUGUUCAUAGUGGCCCUUUUUUAGUGGGUGGAGUCACUACGCUUGGCUCCGCCCCCCUUUUAUAUGGGCUGUGCCUCGAUUGAAAUAGGUCUUACAGUUUUGCGAAACCCACUUCCAAAUGCAGCAUGCUUAGAAGUCGGGUGGUGAUAACGAUGGAGAGACCCGGGUCUGUGAGGUCACAGCACUCUGGAGAUCUAACCCAAUCAUAGAACGAGAAACGCUCAGCCCAAGGACAAUCCAAACGAAGUGACAGGGUUGGGUUACAGUAUGUUGUGUUUGUCAGGACUUCAAACGUCCAAAUAAAUGUCCUCAAGUGAUUUUUGCAUAUCAUGUCCCUAUACCUUUUAAAGGGACAUAUCUUUAGUGGUCAACACAUACAAUAUGCACACAGUGUGAAGAGGAUCCCUGUACAGUAUUUGGUAUCCCUUGUGAAAAAUAGAAAAAUGAAUGGCUGGUUGUUGUAAGUCUCCUUAGUUAAUGUCUGCUGAUGGCCUCAAAUGUAAUUUUCCUAGAAUCCAAAGUAUUAAAUGUGCUAUAAGAGGAACAUUCCUGAGUUAAAGCAACUCGAGGGUUUUCUGCUGGAUGGCGAGGAGUUGAGAGUUUUGAGUUAGAACAGAAUAUAUUUGCAGCAACAUGCCAUUCAAUGCCAGCAUCUUGCAUUAAAAUAAAUAGCUAUUUUAAAACUCUGACGAGACCCAAACAUGUCAGUCCACUUAAGUGAUAGGUCCUUGCAUAAAAAAAAGUGAAAGUGUGUAAAGAGGACUGAUCCAGUUCUGUGUUAGCGGCGGCAACAAACUCUCCUCCUGUAUUUACUGAGUUUGAAGGACAUUCAGUAGUUGACUUGUAUGGACUUUAAAGAAAGAGGCAGCGGGUAGAAAGAGAUCUACCUGUACAAACAGUCCCCUUUUUUACACUUGACACAGUUCAAAGGGGACCUUAACCACAGCAUCACUCAAAGCGAGUGACAUUUUUAAGUCUGAGGCUUAAAAAUAGCAGUUUAUUUUGACAGAGCUCUACUGCCCCGGGUGCUAACGUUAAAUGCCAUCCUCUGUUCCUUCUCAAAACUGCUUUUUUCAUGUCAUUCUGCUCCCAAACUAAAGUUUACAGUCAUCGCCAUCUAAUGAUGGACCUAGGCUUCGGUUUAACUCGGGAUUAUUCUUUUAACCGCGCAGCUGGAGCUUACAGAAAACACAAAGCAGCAGCAGCUGCCAGCUAAGUGUCUCACAGGCGACCUUUAGACAACACCGACUCGCCGAUGAAGGAAAUGUUUUGGACAAGAACCCAAACAAUAUUUUUUUCCUUUAGAAAUGAUUAAAUCUGUGUCAACAGAAGAAGAGCCCUUUGUCAAGUUUGUUGUUUCUUUGACGCAAACGUGCAGCAGCUGGCUACGUGUUCGCUAGACGCCUAGUACUGACUGCACAGUAACGGUCAGAAUAAACUGUGGGUCCAGCAGGUGACCUUCUGUUUUCAUUCAAACUGUUACCUGAUAGCGCACCGAGCUCUGCUGGUUCAAGCUGAUGACCUUCGUUCUUUGUUCCAUGGGAACGGACGAGCGCGUGCAGCUGGAACUGCUAUUCUGCUUUUUUCAGUCCGUUGUAGGUUUUUCCUUUGUCCCCACAUUUUCAGAGGCCUUUAACGCCACUGUUUGAUACGCAGAACUAUACAGGAGCGUCUGUGAAUGUCUGACAAACCCCACGAUGUGUAAAUCAAAUAUAUUUUGAUAUGAUCUUUUGAAUAACUGGCAGAUUUCCAUCCAUGUACAGUGUGUGAGCCCAUUCCUCAUGUUGCUGCUGUUGAAUGUUUGAUUUUUGGUCUUUUUGCGUGACGUUCAGGAAGCUGCAGGAGCUUUUUUUUUGUGAGUUUGUUCCAGCCAGCCGACCACCCUUGGUAACGUUGUCUAUUUCGUUUUAAUUGUGUGGAAAAUUGUGGAAACAUCCUGCUCAUGUAAAAAUGCUAAUUGUAGACUUUUAUUGGAGUUGAAUUGUUGACUACAGAAAGUUAGUCUUGUAAAAUAAAUCAUUUAACCACCCCCACCCAAAAGAAGUGACAUGUUUUAUCUGUUUUGGAAGUUAAAGGAAAAUAAGUCUGGCAGACGCUACGUGUACCCACGUCUGUGCACCCGGUUUCCUUUUCUUUACAACACUGCUGGAAUAAAACUGCAUCCUUUGAAGUGUUUAAGCUUUAAAGGCUUGAAAUGUUUCCC